AAGCGGAUGCGGAUGUCGCACAAGUUGCUACAAAAACGAAAUGGCGUGGGGCCGGCAUUCGGCGCUUGCUCAUUGACCAAUAGGAGCGAAGUUUCGAUCGAUGACAUGUUUUGACGCGUUUGAUACUGUGUUACAUUUGCUUACCGUAAAAUGUAAAUUAAACAUUACGUAUCGCACUCCGUUUAACUCAAGCAGCGGGCAUUGUGUUAAGGAAGAUUUCUAAUUAUUUAGCAACGAGUGAAUUACUAUGCCACCACCGAUUCAAAGUGAUAUUUGGAAUUAUUUUAAACCAAAUGAACAAGACCGGGAUAAAGCCGAUUGUAAAAUAUGCAAUAAAACCUACUCUCGUAAGGGCCGUACCACCUCGUCUUUAAAAAGUCACCUGAAAUCGAUGCACCCAGAACAGUUUAGUUUAUUUGAGAGCUCGAGUAAAAAGAAACAAUUACAGAAGGAUAAUACUGACGCAGAACGAAUUCCCCUCUCCACUCCUCUACAAGAAUUAAAGAGGCAGCUCUUUUUAGAGGAAGUACUCGUUAAACAAGAAAACCGGGACAGUGACAAUUAUAAUUCGGAAAAAAUUGAUAAGCUUAUUGGAGAAAUGAUUGCACUUCAAAAUUUAUCGUUUAACGUUGUAGAGGGGCUGGGUUUCCGCAGGCUGAUGAAAGAAUUAGUGCCACAAUAUAAUUUAAGAGGACGAAACUUUUUUACCGACUUUGUGUGCAAAGACUUAUACGGCAAGGUUGCUGAAAAAGUUAAAGAAUUAAUCGAAAAAUUUAAUUACUUAUCUUUCACAUCUGACAUUUGGUCGGAUCCGAGUACAGAUGCCUCUUUGCUGAUCCUGACUUGCCAUGGAAUAGCAAAAAACUUUGAUAGAUCAUCGAUUAUAUUGAAAUGCAAUACAUUCGACGGCCGUCACACUGAAGACAUAAUUGACGAAAAAUUUAACACAAUGCUCUCUGAAUGGAAUAUCGAAAAACAACGAGUGCAUUGUCUAAUUCGAGACGAAGGUUCUAACAUUGAAAGAGCGGUGCGAUUAGCAGGAUUGAAUGAUAUUGAUUGCACAGUUCACAGGAUGCAACUUGCUGUUCGAUGUUUUUUAGAUUCGCAAGAAAGCAUUAAAUUAGUCGAACAAAAAUGUAAGAUAAUUUCGACUCACUUCAAUCAUUCUACUAUCGCUCAGAAACAACUGCAAGCAAUUCAAGAUAGACUGAAUCAACCACAUCUAAAUGUAUUCCGAGAUUGUAUAACGCGAUGGAACAGCACAUUUUACAUGUUCGAGCGUUUUUUAAAGGUAAAAGAUGCCCUAAGUCUUUAUAUCAAUGACAGUGAGAUUAAUCCUAUUUUACCCGAAGAGUGGAAAGUUAUUGAGUGUUGUAUAGAGCUAUUGAUACCUUUCGAAGAGGCCACACGGGAACUAAGUAGCUCUCAUACUCUUAUUUCUUCUGUAAUUCCAAUAAUCCAAAUUCUUAACAAGAAAGUUGAAGACUAUUUAGCAAGUUCAGGUGAUUUUAAUCCAAUUCGACAGGCCGUCAGGACCCUAAAAACUGAACUUACAACAAAGUUUUCUCACUUAGAUAACAGUUUAUACGUCAUUGCCACCUACUUAGAUCCUCGCUAUAAGCAUAAAUUUUUAACACCAGUGACUGAGGCAAAAAUUAAAGAGGACAUUUUGAUGAUCGCUAGAAAUACUGAGUUUGAUGGUUCCGAUUCUUUUAAUAUCGGGGUUAAAAGAAUGAGAAUGACAGUUUCCUCUGAAAAUGAUACGGAACCACAAGGCUCGGGACCGUCCAGUUUGGUCAGAAGUUCCUGCUUAAAGAAUGAUCUUGCUAUGAUGUUGGAUUCAUCAAGUGAAGAUGAGAGUGAGUGUAUAGCGGAAGACGUCAGCGCUGAAACCAUACUUAAAAGAGAAUUGCAAUGUUACCGCAAUAAAAAAAGGCUCAAUGUUGAUAAAAAUCCUCUAGAAUGGUGGAGCGUCCACCGAGAAGAAUUAAAACUGUUGUCACAAAUCGCUCGCAGAUUUCUGUCGACGCCACCAAGCAAUGUCUCGAGUGAACAAUUCUUUAGUAGUGCGGGUUUGAUAUUCGAACCUCUACGUAACAAACUUGACCCAGAGAAAGUGGCGAUACUGCUUUUUAUUAAGUAUAAUGCUCCAAUUUUUAAUUUCCGCUACUAA